AUGGCUACCGUCAUCCGCCAGCCGUUCGCUCCUCUGGAUGGGGCUCGGCUGAAGAGCUUGACGAGCAUAAAGAAUAGGCAGAAUGCCAUCUCCAAUUCCCCCGGCAAGCGAAAAGCUUCUGAGGUGCUUGACGUGAACGAUUCUGAGAACGUUGAUCCUGCCACCUUCUCGAAGCGGUCAAAAGCGGUAGACCUUGAUAUUGACCUUGGGAAAAGCUUCGUUAAGCCUCCAACCUUCGUUCUCACCAAGUCCGCUGCUCCUACCUCAGCCCUCGCUGCCAAGGAUGGUUCCAGCAUCCAGCCCAGCCGGGUGUCAUCCCCCCAACCUCGAAAUAUCUUGAAGCCCAAAUCUCCCGCCGCGCAGCUGAGCCUCAAGAGCUCAGCACCUCCAUCGCUGACAGCCCCUGCCGGUCGUUCACCGACUCGCGGCUCCAAGCGCAUUGGAAUCCUCUCUCGGCGCCGGACCCAGCGCAUCGAUCCUCCCUCAUUUGCCUUGGGUGCCACGGUCCCCUUCUCCCUCGACGCUGCCCUCAAAGGCACCAUCCCAAGCUACUCUGGGAGCUUGAGGGGCAGCAAGGAGUCAGACUCUCUUCUUCCGCCCGAUUCCAAGUCAUCAUGGUUCUUUGACAUCCACGAGGACACCCCGGAGCAGGAGAUGACCAACCUGCUGCAGCACAGCACCUGCACCCUGGACAUCAGCAGCGACGAGGAGUCGGAGCGGCGCGCCAGCCGCGACCGCGCUGAGGGACGUGACAAGGAGAACAUCCCGCCGGCCGACGACAUCAGUCAGACGUCUGCACGGUUUACCACUGCCAGGGCUGCGGCUGCCGAUUUCGACGACAUGAUUGUCGAGAAGCAGCGCGGUCCGCUGGCUGAGAUGAAUGUCGCGGAUUACUAUGCUGAGGGCUGCGACGAGGCAAGCGUCGUUAUCGUGCCUGGCGAUGAGGAUGACGAGGCCGAAGAGACGGCGGCGGCUGCUUCAAAUUUGAGCACUGUUGCUGAGGUCGAGGAGGAGCCUCAGCCGCCGCAAGAAGACCAUCAGUUGGAUUUGCAACCACCCUGCCCGCGGUUUGACCUCGCUGAUGUCGAUGCGGUGGAUGUUGACGACAUAAUGGGGAACGGUGAUCGGGCUGCUAAUGCUGCUGUCCUUGACCCUGUUCCUGGGACAGGGGAGAGCUUUGAGCUCUGGGAGAGCGGGAGUGCCAAGGAUGACAGCGAGCCGUCAGCUGCG